CAUGCGGCCCGCCCAAUGGCGGCGGAGGGGCCGCGCGGGGCGGGGCCUGGGGCCGUGCGCCGGGGCUUGUGGCGUCAAUGCGCCCGCCGUGUCCAUGGAGAGAGGCUGAGGCGGCCGAGCUCCGGCCCGAGGCACCUGGGCGCCGGGACGGCCAGGAUGUCGGCUUCCUUAGUCCGAGCCACCGUCCGGGCCGUGAGCAAGAGGAAGCUGCAGCCCACUAGGGCUGCCCUCACCCUGACACCUUCAGCAGUGAACAAGAUAAAACAACUUCUUAAAGAUAAGCCUGAACAUGUAGGUGUGAAAGUUGGUGUACGAACUAGGGGUUGUAAUGGCCUCUCAUAUACUCUAGAAUAUACGAAGACAAAAGGAGAUUCUGAUGAAGAAGUCGUUCAAGACGGAGUCAGAGUGUUCAUCGAAAAGAAAGCACAGCUAACACUUUUAGGAACAGAAAUGGACUAUGUUGAAGACAAAUUAUCCAGUGAGUUUGUUUUCAAUAACCCAAACAUCAAAGGAACGUGUGGCUGUGGAGAAAGCUUUAAUAUUUGACCCCUCGGGAGUGCGCUGACUGUAAGCCCUGGGAAAGCUGUGGAAGUCCCGGGACUUACUGAAGAGAUCAUGUGAUUGUCACGUGCUUAAGGUGUGUAACGUAUGUCUGCCUUACGAGGACAAUAAAGUGUGCAUUUUGAAAAUGAA